UCGUAUGGGUUAGCAAUACGGUACAUGGUCUGGACUGAUCGUACUAUAGUCUUAAUCGUCAUAGCUCAUAGUAGACGUAGACAACUGACUCUCUUGUUUUCUUUCUACCAUUAGUUUGUUUGACGUUAAUAUUUUUGUUGUUGUUGUUAUGUGCUUGUGCCCCAAUGGAUCGAUGGUAGUUGGAAGUUGUAUAGUAUCAACAUCAAGUCGAGUUGAGACUUGAGAGACUGUUUUUUUGUGAUAGUGUGUCGUUUGGAGUAGGAGGAGGUUUGAAUUUUGAAUUUGUUACCAUUUUGGUUGUCGGCAUCAACAACUAACUAAAUCAGUAUCAGUAACCUAGUCCAUCGAGUGACAACGUUGAACGGCCUAGUGAUUUGGAUUAAGUGAGAAAUAAAAAAAAAAACGCAGGCACACUGUGUUCUUGCAAAACAAGUUAACAAGAAAAAAAGGGACCAGCGAAACGAAAUCGAAAGUGGGACAAAAUAUUUCAUAGAAAAAUAAAAAAAAAGAAAUAAAAUAAUACAGGACCUUAGAUACUCUCUUGUGGCACACUCAAGCUAAAUAAUCAAUCGUGCGUGUAGAUUUCAAAUAGUUUUUUUUUUUGUGGAAAAGUGUUUUUUCUCUCGUAAGAUUAGUGCAUUUUUUUCUAUUUUCUUUUCUUUUUUUCUUCAAAUAAAAAAGAAGAAAAUAUAAAAAUCGUAUCGAGAUAGUUGAUUGAAGGUAAAAUAAAAUAAAAAAAUAAGAUUUCCAAUCUAGUGAUUGGAAAAAGGAAAGUUGAAAAGAAAAUCCAAUAACUAGUGCGAGAAAAUUAAUUAGAGAUCUUUAAGCAAGUAGAAAUCAUCAACGUUUAUUAUUGUGGAUAUACCAGUUUUGCUGAGAGAUUUUUAUCUUUAGUGUGGAUUUUGAGAAAAAUUAAUUCUUAAAAAUGUUACCCCCACGGCUGAUGAAAUUGGCCUUUAUUGUGUGUAUAUUAGUUGUCCUGCUAUCACAUACCGACAGUGCACAAGCCAAACGAAGAAGACAACGUCGACCGACCACGACAGAAGCACCAACAACUGGGUCAAGGACAAACACUGUUGCGGCCAAGAAGUCAGCUGCCUCCGAAACACCAUCGCCAUCAUCAUCAUCCUCCGCACAAGAUCGUAUUGACCAACAGCCCGCACCAUCAUCGGUGCGUGGUCUUCGUGUGCGUUCCAAGUCGAAUAAGGUACGUGGCGCAACUGCACUUGCAGCCGCUGGGGCCGCUUCAUCACUUGUUGCUCUCAACUCACUGAAAAGUGGCAAAAGAUCAAAGAUCGAACUCACCACCGAUCCCGACAGCAAUGGCAAGAAGAUCGUUUGCUACUACACCAAUUGGUCCCAGUACCGUGUUAAGAUUGGUAAAUUCAUUCCCGAAGACAUUCCCGCCGACUUAUGUACACACAUUAUCUUUGCCUUUGGUUGGCUGAAGAAGGGUAAACUUAGUUCGUACGAGAGCAACGAUGAGACGAAAGAUGGAGUUGCUGGACUUUACGACAGAAUGAUGACCCUCAAGAAGGCCAAUCCUAAAUUGAAGAUUCUUUUAGCCAUUGGAGGUUGGUCAUUUGGAACACAGAAGUUCAAGGAUAUGUCUGCCACAAGGUACACUCGACAGACAUUCAUAUACUCCGCCAUCCCAUUCUUGAGGAAACGGAACUUUGAUGGUCUCGACAUGGAUUGGGAAUACCCCAAGGGCUCUGACGACAAGAAGAACUUUGUUCUCCUCCUGAAGGAACUUCGCGAAGCCUUUGAAGCUGAAGCACAAGAAUUGAAGAAACCACGUCUUUUGUUGACCGCUGCAGUACCCGUUGGACCCGAUAAUAUCCGUGCUGGUUAUGAUGUACCUGCUGUGGCAAGCUACCUUGACUUCAUCAACUUGAUGGCUUAUGAUUUCCACGGUAAAUGGGAACGUGAAACUGGUCACAACGCACCUUUGUACUCCCACUCCAGUGACUCCGAAUGGAGGAAACAGCUUUCUGUAGAUAAUGCCGCCAGCAUAUGGGUUAAAAUGGGUGCCCCUAAGGAAAAAAUGAUUAUUGGUAUGCCAACGUAUGGAAGAUCUUUCACUCUGGCCAAUCCUAGCAAGCACGGUGUCAAUUCUCCAGCUUCAGGAGGUGGCAAGGAGGGAGUCUACACAAAGGAAAGUGGUUUCCUUGCUUAUUACGAAAUCUGUGAGAUGUUAUUGAAUGGAGGUGUCUAUGUUUGGGAUGAAGAAAUGAAGGUGCCAUACAUGGUUCAUGGAGAUCAGUGGGUUGGAUUCGAUGAUGAACGUGCAAUCAGAAAUAAGAUGAGCUGGAUAAAAACCAAUGGCUAUGGAGGUGCUAUGGUCUGGACAGUUGAUAUGGAUGAUUUCAAGGGUGAUGUUUGUGGAGGAAAUGUCAAGUAUCCUCUAAUUGGGGCUAUGCGUGAAGAACUAUUGGGAAUUUCAAGAGGCAAGGAAGCUAAGGAUGUCAAUUGGACAGAAGUUGCUUCGACAUUCGAUGAAGAAGAAGAAGAGGAAGAAUUACCUGAACCAAUUAAAAUUGACGUAUCCGAAGUUCUUCAGAAAGUUCGUAAAUCAAAGGUCAAGGUUAAGUCAGGAUUGUCUGCUGUUCAAAAGAAUUCUCGUCCAGCUCAAGUCUUCUGCUAUCUUACUAGUUGGUCAGCUAAACGUCCUGGUGCAGGCAAAUUCGAACCUAAGAAUGUCGAUCCUAAGCUCUGUACUCAUGUGGUUUAUGCUUUUGCCACUCUUAAGGACUACAUCCUCAGUGAAGCUCGCGAUGAUGAUCCAGAAGAAUAUGAGAAAGUUAUUGCUCUGCGAGAGGCUAAUCCAGACUUACAAAUUCUCCUUGCUAUCGGUGGAUGGGCAUUUGGAUCGACUCCAUUCAAAGAACUUACCUCGAAUGUCUUCCGUAUGAAUCAAUUUGUUUAUGAAGCCAUCGAAUUCCUCCGGGAAUACCAAUUUAAUGGGCUUGAUGUGGACUGGGAAUACCCACGAGGUGCAGACGAUAGAGCUGCAUAUGUGAAUCUUCUGCGAGAACUGAGGGUAGCCUUUGAGGGAGAAGCAAAAUCAUCCGGACAGCCAAGACUACUUCUAACAGCAGCGGUCCCAGCUUCGUUCGAAGCCAUCGCAGCUGGAUAUGACGUUCCAGAAAUCUCAAAAUACCUUGACUUCAUCAAUGUUAUGACUUAUGAUUUCCAUGGACAAUGGGAACGUACUGUUGGACACAACUCCCCACUGUAUCCUCUAGAAGCAGCUACAGGCUACCAGAAGAAACUCACAGUUGAUUUCAGUGCAAGGGAAUGGGUUAAGCAAGGAGCACCCAAGGAGAAACUUCUCAUUGGUAUGCCAACUUAUGGAAGGUCAUUCGAAUUGGUGAAUAUGACACAGUUUGAUAUUGGAUCACCGGCUUCUGGAGGCGGAAGACCUGGAAAAUUCACCAACGAAUCAGGAUUCAUGAGCUACUACGAAGUGUGUGCAUUCAUGGCUGCAGAAAAUACGACUCUUGUGUGGGAUUCAGAGCAACAGGUUCCGUUUGCUUAUAGGAACAACCAGUGGGUAGGAUUUGACGAUGAGAGGUCACUUAAAACGAAGAUGGAAUGGCUUAAGGAACAAGGGUUCGGUGGAAUUAUGGUGUGGUCAGUGGAUAUGGAUGAUUUCUCAGGACGGUGCGGAGGUGGCAAGUACCCACUUUUGAAUGCCCUCAAUGAAGAACUCAAAGACUACAAGGUUUUAUUGGAGUAUGAUGGACCCUAUGAAUCCUACGGACCAAGAGGAGCCUAUACUACCAAGGAUCCUCACGAAGUAACUUGCGCAGAAGAAGAUGGUCAUAUUAGCUAUCACAAGGACCACCAAGAUUGUACUCACUAUUACAUGUGUGAGGGAGAACGAAAACAUCACAUGCCAUGUCCUGCCAAUUUAGUAUUUAAUCCUUCGGAGAACGUGUGUGAUUGGCCGGAGAAUGUUGAAGGUUGCAAUACGGUGACACCGGCUCCUUGAAGUACUAACUUAUCCAAUAAAUUAUAAUUUUAUUAACACUUUCUACCACCUUGAAUUUUUAAAAAUAAAAUAACAAACAAAACAGAAAAACCAUAUCCUAGCUUAGAAUAUAUUUCAAGGAUUUUGUUUGCAGUGAAAAAAAAAAUGAAUAAUGAAAAAAAAAAAAGCACUCAAGGAUGCUGCCUUUUGUCCUGCCCAAUUUAAGUUUUCUUCUUUUGUUGAACAAAAAAAUAAACGAAGAACUAAAAAUAAAAAAUAUAUUGUUACGAGAGAUGAUAAAAUAUUAAGUUAUAUUAUUUUUUUUAUACAUAAAUAAUUUUCGAGGAAAAGGAUAUCUACAUAAAUUUAAAGAAAUGUCCUUUGUUAAGAUGGAAUUUAUUUUCUUUCUAUCUGCCUUGCGUAAUGAAUUAUAUUUUUAAGUAGUUUACAAAUAGAAUAAAUAAAAUGAUAAAAUUUUAUUUUAAACAAAAAGGAUAAUUGCAAACUUUUAUGAAGAAAAAAACAGCAACAACAAUUAAACAAAAACAACAUACAACAUACAAAAACUUGCCUUUUCUUUGCCUCGUGCGUCAAUAU